AUGCCCAUUGCCAGCUGGAAAAGAGCACGACUGAGCGCGUCUCCGGCGACGGGGUUGGUGGGCAUGAAGGAAAACGAGUUGCUGAACUCGUUCUUCAGCUGCCUUGGCUUCUUUCCUCUGACCCACGAGAGCCUGGUCCGAGGUGCCAUCAUGGAAGUUGUACUCGUGCCGCCCGUCGGCGCUGAAGAUGUCGCCCCAACAAGACCAGCGGGAGCUUGGGGUAAAAGCGAGCCGCGACAGGGUACCGAUGCAGCCUCCACUUGCACGCUUUGGUGCGCGGUGGCAAUCGGGGCUCUUGUGCAGGGCCAGCCAACUGAGAGGGCCACCGAUUACCUACACCUCGCGCGGAGGUCGGUUUCGCACUGCUUCGAUAUGGUCACGGUGAAGACUGCUAGGGCCUUCAUGAUGAUGGCUUACCUCUACAACUUCCUGCGAAAUGAGCAAAUGUUUCACAGAUAUCUUCAGUUUGCAAAAGGUGUCAUGGAACGGCUCCAGGACACUACGUCGCAGACACAGGAACUCUACGACCUGCUGACGAGAGGAGACGACACGAGGAUUUACCACACGGGUGCAUUGGAGGCUAAGGAACUGGAAGCCUACUGUGUGGAUGACGACCAAGAUCUGGAGCUCCCCGACGUCAUCGGCAAGAGGGAAUUGUGCAGGUUCCUUGUCCAAGCGGACAGGCGCUUGAUCAAGGCGUACUUGAGAGAUCACAGGGCACAAAUGAAACGCCCUCUCGAGGGCCGCACUACUAAAUCCUCCUCCGGCCGGGAGGGCGAAACCCCGACCGAAGAUGGCCUAAAUGGAGGCGGUCAGAAGCAAGAAAGGCUCAACGGGAGGCCCAGAGGAGGAGACAAAUGGAGGAAUGGUGCAACACGCGGCGGAGCAGGCGACGUUUCGGAGAAGAGCAACGAGAUCGAAAGCGUCUCGCCAAUCGACACCACCAAGAUGAAUGACGAGGCAGAGCCAAGUCGACCGGGGGAGGAGACCAGGAGGUGCGUCAGGGAAGCGCAGGUGGUUUUCUCGAAGCUCAAGACGACGGCACAAAUCCCGGAGGUUGGCGUUGGGAUCGGAGGCCUCAUUUUCAACGCCAUUUCGGCUUAUCUGGACAUUGCGGCUGGUAGCACCAAGCUCGGCGCUGAGAAGAUGAAACUCUGCGCCAAGAUCUUCGUUAGGCUACACCUGUCUCACUGCCUGCUGACCGUGCUGGCUACACUCGAGGAUGCUGAGCCGUUCGAAGAGCUGCGCCAGGCGUACAACUCGGUUCGCACCGAAGACCUUGCCGAGGUGCCCGAACAGAAAGCGUGGACCAUGGUUGGCUUUUGCAACCACAUCUUUUGCAGGUCUUUCCAUGACCUGGGACAGAAAGAGACCAACACGACGGAGAUGGAACCCGAUCGCGGCACAGUUGGCGCAGAAGAUCAGCACAAGCUAACAUCACAAGAAGAAGGCGAUCGCUGGGCAUGCCCAGCCGCCACCACGGCUCCGAGUGAGUUUUGCCGAGAUCAGGCGUGGUUAGGCACCGGACCUAGCUGGGUCGAGGGCGAGCUCCCGGAGAGAGCCGGUGCCUUACCUACGGAAUUUCUUCCCUUGGACUCCGUGGCAAGUUUCCACGGCGAUCACCCAAGCAGGGAGCCAGGGGCUCACACUCCCACGUUUCUGUCGGCGGCUGGGUUCAGGGCGGCAUGUGACCACGAUGGUCACCGCACUCACGCUGGCGGGUGCUGUCCAGCGCGCGGUGCCGUGGCAAACGAUUCAGGCACCCUGGACGACCCUGGCGCUGUGGCACCGUUUCAUUCGUCGUCUGGACCUUCGUGUACCGCAGCCUACCGCGCGCUGCCUAGCGCAUGGCAGGAACAUUCUGGUCUGGGUUUCCCGUCUGGACCUUCGUGCACUGCAGCCUACCGCGCGCUGCCUAGCGCAUGGCAGGAACAUUCUGGGCUGGGUUUCCCGAUACGCAGCAGGCGGGUAGAACAACGACGGUCCACGACAUGGCUUGGCUUGUAUGGUGGGAGUGACGCUGUGAGCCACUGAGUGCACGGCAAUCAGUAUCCAUCGUUCGGGGGAGCCACGUCUCAGCCAUUCCCAACAAUGGACUCGGAGCUCGAUGUAUUGACCACAUGUUCUGCACAGAAGAGGCUCAGGCCGUCGGUGGUACCAAGAACAGCGUCAAGUGGUGGACGGCGAGCAGCUAAGGGGGUAGUCAGGUAGAUCUUGUUUUAUUCCGUCGUUUUUUGUCUCCGUUGUGGUGUUCCUACUCUGCAUGACCGUUCUCAGUGCCCAUUUAGGCUAGACGUACGCGCGGCGAAUGGAGGUCCUGGGGUGUUGGCUAGCGGAGCUACCUGACGACAUCGAAUGUCGUUGUUUGCUCUGAAGGGUGGUGCUCACUUGGUUUCAUUGUUCCUGCUGUCUUUUGCUUGGAUAAAGACGACGGCUGUUUGCCACGCGGUUGAAGCUUGGAUAAAGACGACGGCUGUUUGCCACGCGGUUGAAGCUUUGAAAAUGCAUGGGGUUGUUCGGGAGAUUGCUAUGGGAGGGGAUUCGUAGAGUUAUUGGCAAUUACGGCUAUCCCCACACCUGCCAGAGCAGAAGAUGUACGACAUCUGUUUUGGUACUGAUGUGGGAAAUGGUGCCUACACACAAUUGUCUGCGGUUGGUCAAAAAGGAAGUGCUUGAUGAAGUUGAACAUUGCGUUCUCUCUGGGAAUUUGUCGCGCCGGUUGUAAUUUUCAGAGGACACAUACGCGUAAACACCAUUUUUUCUACUUGGUACUGCUUUGUUCUCUCUCCUCAGAAGUAAAGGUAACGAGCGGCACACCGUUCGUCGUAAGGGCCGUAGAGAGUGUGCCAGGUUGGCACGCGCGUUUUUUUUUUCCAGAAAGGACUGAUUGAGAUGUGGGGGUUGCCGACACGGGCAUACGAAAAGCCAGUUGAUGUACGGAGAGCUGCACACGGUGCGAAAAAGUGAUGUGCAUAAACGAUGCCAACUGUCGUUCGUGCUUGGCCGUGCUGGCCUUCUACUACCGGAGAACGAAUUUUGUUGCCAACGAGGCUACGCGAAGAAUACAACAUGGUGAGUAGGCAGGCGGGUGUGUGCCUCUAGGAGCUCACAACCUCGGCGC